GCUAUGAGGAAGGCUGGUGUUGCCCAUAAUAAAUCCAGCAAAGAUAUGGAGAGUCAUGUGUUUAUGAAGGCCAAAACACGGGAGGAAUAUCUUUCUCUUGUGGCCAGACUUAUUAUCCAUUUUCGAGAUAUUCACAAUAAGAAAUCUCAAGCAUCGGUCAGUGAUCCGAUGAAUGCCCUGCAGAAUCUCACUGGGGGUCCCCCAGCAGGGGCGCCUGGAAUGGGCAUGGCUUCCCGAGCUCAGGGAGCAGCGAUGAGUGGGAUGAGUGGCCUUGGCCCAAUGGGACAACAGAUGAGUCUCCCAGGGCAGCAGCAGCCUCCGGGAACCUCGGGAAUGGCCCCUCAUGGUAUGCCUGGUGUCUCCACAGCUACUCAGCAGACCCAGCUUCAGCUUCAGCAGAUAGCUCAGCAGCAACAGCAGCAGCAGCAGCAAUUCCAGCAGCAGCAGGUGGCUUUGCAGCAGCAGCAAUUCCAGGCCCAGCAGUCAGCCAUGCAACAACAGUUUCAGCAGCAGCAGCAGCAACAGCAGCAGUUGCAAGCCGUCCAGCAGCAGCAACAGCACAUGCUGAAACUGCAGAUGCAGCAGCAGCAGCAAAACCAACAGCAGCAGCAGCAACUACAGCGAAUUGCCCAAAUGCAGCAGCUGCAGGCAGCACAGGCUAUGCAGGCACAACAGCAGCAGCAACAGCAGCAGCAGCAACAGCAGCAACAAAUACCGCAACAACAGAUACAGCAGCAGCCACCUCAACAAGUAAUGCAACAGCAGAUGCAACAGAUGCAGCAGCAACAACAACAGCAGCAACAGCAGCAGCAGCAGCAACAACAACAGGUUGCUCAGGCACAACAGCCUCAGCUUCCACCACAGUCCCAGCCUCAACCCCAGCCCAUGGUUUCUCAGCCACAGGCAAUCUCAGGACAAAUUCCUAGCCAGGUUAUGCCUGUUACUCUUACGCCACAGCAAUUAAAAGCAAUGCAGCUGGUCCAGCAGCAGCAGGCAGCGGCAGCAGUGCAAGCAGCUCAGGCCCAAGCUGCUCAGAUGGGAGCUUCAGGGCAGAUGAUCACCGCACCUAUGGCCCGAGGUGGGAUGCAAAUAAGACCACGGUUCCCGCCUACCACCGCUGUGUCUGCUACGCCGCCAAGCUCCAUUCCUUUGGGCGGACAGCAAAUGCCACAGGUCAGCCAGAACAAUAUUACCAUGAUGUCAUCCCCUUCUCCUGUCCAGCAAGCUCAAACGCCCCAGUCAAUGCCUCCGCCACCGCAGCCACAGCCAUCUCCUCAGCCAGGCCAGCCAACUUCUCAGCCAAAUUCAAAUGUCAGCUCUGGCCCAGCUCCAUCACCCAGCAGCUUUCUCCCCAGUCCAUCUCCACAACCAUCCCAGAGCCCAGCAGCUGCACGAACACCUCAGAACUUUAGUGUCCCAUCCCCAGGUCCUUUAAACACUCCAGGGAAUCCAAAUUCUGUCAUGAGUCCAGCCAGUUCUAGCCAGUCAGAGGAGCAACAGUAUCUGGAGAAACUCAAACAGCUAUCAAAAUACAUUGAGCCACUCCGGAGGAUGAUCAAUAAGAUAGAUAAAAAUGAAGAUAGGAAGAAGGACCUGAGUAAAAUGAAGAGUCUCUUAGAUAUCCUGACCGACCCUUCAAAACGAUGCCCUCUGAAGACACUGCAGAAAUGCGAAAUUGCUCUGGAGAAGCUGAAAAACGAUAUGGCUGUGCCUACCCCACCGCCUCCCCCAGUGCCCCCCACCAAACAGCAGUACUUGUGUCAGCCGCUCUUGGAUGCUGUUUUGGCCAACAUCCGCUCACCAGUCUUCAACCACUCCCUUUACCGGACGUUUAUGCCAGCUAUGACUGCAAUUCAUGGACCACCGAUCACGGCCCCAGUUGCUUCCCCUCGAAAACGGAAAUAUGAAGAGGAUGAAAGACAGACCAUACCAAAUGUCUUACAAGGGGAAGUCGCAAGAUUAAAUCCUAAAUUCCUGGUGAACCUGGACCCUUCCCACUGCAGCAAUAACGGCACAGUUCAUCUCAUAUGCAAGCUAGACGACAAGAAUCUUCCAAAUGUCCCACCACUACAGCUCAGCGUUCCAGCGGACUAUCCCGAUCAGAGCCCUCUGUGGAUAAAAAACCCUAGGCAAUAUGCAGCCAAUCCCUUUUUGCAGUCAGUGUAUCGGUACAUGACUUCAAAACUGUUGCAACUUCCAGACAAGCAUUCAGUCACGGCACUCUUAAACACCUGGGCACAAAGUAUUCGUCAGGCCUGCCUCUCCGCUGCGUAACAUCUCGCUUUCGAAAUCGGGAAGCGGGAAAGAAGGUCUCAACAGCUGGCCUUUCCACAUGCCACUGGAAAAUCACGUUUUGGGGAGGGUACUUCAGAAGAAAGAAGCCUUAUGUUGUUUUGUUUCUAGGUGUCAGGUUCAGUAGAGAACCUGAUGUUAGAUUUAGCUUUCAUGCUUUUUAUCUUCUGCCUCUGUGGACUUUUGCCAGCAUUUUCAAAUAUACAAAAUGUGUAUAUAUGGUUCUUGAGACUGUCUUAGGAUGAGUUUUUAUUGUCUUCUUAGAGAAGAAAUUAUUUGUGGACUUCCAUCGGGGAGUCUGGUAUAAGAGGGAGUAGGGAGAGAAUGUCUUAAUUUGCUUCAAAGUUUGCUCAGUGCCAGUAUUCCUUUCACACUGUCUGUUCUGUGACCUGAUGCUGCCCCAGAAAUAAAUUAGCUGCAACUAGAA